AUGGGUUUCUCGACGAUCGAGUUCGACAAGUACAAUCCUGCCUCGGAAAAGGCAAGCGAUGCCCGCCAGGACCUCGCCCACCUCGACUACUCCCCGCUGAAGCGCAUCACGGGGCGGUCAUGGGCCAUGGGCAUCCUCGUCUCCAUGGGCGGCAUGGUCUUCGGCUACGACACCGGUCAGGUCUCCGGCUUCCUUGAGAUGCCCGACUUCCUCGAACGCUUCGGCGAGCGCGGCCCCGAUGGCACCCCUCAUUUCAGCAACGUCCGCUCCGGUCUGAUUGUCGGUCUCCUCUCCAUCGGCACCCUCAUCGGCGCCCUGUGCGCCGCCCCCAUCGCCGACCGCUUCGGACGUCGCUACUCCAUCUCUUUCUGGUGCGUUGUCACCUCUGUUGGCUUCGUCAUCCAGAUUGCCGCCGAGAGGGCAUGGGAGCAAAUCAUGAUGGGCCGCUUUGUCGCCGGCCUUGGCGUUGGCGCCCUAAGUCUCAUCGUUCCCAUGUUCCAGGCCGAGACUGCACCGCCCUGGAUUCGUGGUGCUCUUGUUUGCGCCUACCAGCUCCUGAUCACACUGGGUAUCUUCCUGGCAGCCUGCUUCAACUUUGGUACCGUGACACACCUCGAGAACAGCUCCGGUUCGUGGCGCAUCGUCAUCGGUCUUGGCUGGCUGUGGACCCUCAUUCUCGGAGUGGGAAUCCUCGCCUUCCCCGAGACGCCUCGCUUCGACUACCGCAUGGGCAGAAUCGAACGCGCCAAGAGCACCCUCUGCCGCGUCUACGGCGCCCCGGAGAACCACUACAGUAUUCAUGUUCAGCUCGAGGAAAUCGAGAGCAAGCUGCGCGCCGAGUCCUCCAUCAAGGGCAACGCCGUCCAAGAAUUCACCGGCAUGUUCAAGGCCCCCCGCAUGGCCUACCGCAUUGCUCUGGGAUGUGCUUUGCAAAUGUUCCAGCAGCUCACUGGUGCAAACUACUUCUUCUACUAUGGAACCACCAUCUUCGCCUCGGUCAACAUCAACUCCUUCAUCACGCAGAUCAUCCUAAACUCCAUCAACUUCGGAACCACCUUUAUUGGUCUUUACAUCGUCGAGCAUUUCGGACGUCGCAAGUCGCUCAUCACCGGCUCUAUCUGGAUGUUCGUGUGCUUCAUCAUCUUCGCCUCCAUCGGCCACUUUAGCCUCGACCAGGAAAACCCCCAGAGCACUGUCGGUCCCGGUAUUGUCCUCAUUGUUUUCGCCGCCCUGUUCAUCCUGGGCUUCGCGACCACCUGGGGUCCCAUGAUCUGGACUAUCCAAGCCGAGCUUUUCCCAUCCCGCUACCGCGCCAAGGCCAUGGCGCUCUCGACGGCCAGCAAUUGGAUGUGGAACUUCUUCAUUGGCUUCUUCUCGCCCUUCAUCACUGGCGCCAUCGACUUCCGCUACGGCUACGUCUUUGCCGGCUGCAACCUGGUCGGUGCCGCCAUCGUCUACUUCUUCGUCAUCGAGGGCCAGGGCCGCACCCUCGAGGAGAUUGACACCAUGUAUCUCGAGCGCGUCGCCGCCUGGAAGAGCACUCAAUGGGUGCCGCCUUCCGCCGAAGAGAUGCACCGCAUCCGCAAGCAGGCAGGCACCGAGUUGGAUGCCAGCGCGAGCGACACGGCCGCGCAUGGCGAGAAGAGCGAGGGACUGCAGCCGAAGGGCGUUAAUGGCACCUCCCACCAGGAGAGAGUCUAA